CGGCGGCCAUGGAGGCGGCGGCGGCGGGCGCGCGCAGCGUGCAGAUCGAGUUCCCGCACUACGCGGCGGGGCUGCUGGAGUCGCUGAACCGGCACCGGCUGGAGGGCAAGUUCUGCGACCUGUCGGUGCACGUGCAGGGCCGCGUCUUCCAGGCGCACAAGAGCGUCCUGGCCGCCGCCUCGCCCUACUUCCACGACAAGCUGCUGCUCCGCGACGCCGGCCGCCUCGUCCUGCCCGGCGCCAUCGAGCCCGAGGCCUUCGAGAACCUGCUGCAGCUCAUCUACUCGGGGCGGCUGCGGCUGCUGCUCGACGCCCUCCCGGGGCACCUGCUGGCGGCCAGCGGGCUGCAGAUGUGGCAGGUGGUGGACCAGUGCUCGGGCGUCCUCAAGGAGCUGGAGGCGGCCGGGGGGCCCCUCGCCUACGCCCGCGGCCCCUGGACCCCCCGCGCCGCCGCCGCCGCCGCCGAGACCCCCAGCAGCAGCAGCCACCGCCCGGGCCUCCGGGAGGACGGAGGAGGAGGAGGAGGGUCCGCCCGCCGCCCGCACCGCCUGGAGGAGGAGGAGGUGGUGAAGAUCCGGGUGUCCCAGGAGGAAGAAGAGGAGGAGGAAGAAGAGGAGGAGGAGGAAGAGGAGGAGCGGCAGGCCCAGAUCUGCACCAGCGGCUCGGCUGACCGGCUGGUGAAGGUGGUUUUGGACGAGGAGGAGGAGGAGGUGGUGGUGGCGGAGGAAGAGGACCGCCGCGGCAGGGCCCGUCCUGGCAAAGGGUCCAGGGAGCCGGGCCCGGCCUUCGCUUCGCCCCACGAGGCCCCCAAGGUCUUCUUCAUCAAGCAGGAGCGCUUUGACCCCGAGGAGGCCCCUUCCUCCGCUCUGGGGGGCGGCCCGGCCUCCUGCCUCUCCGAGGCCGGCUUCCUGAAGUCCCCCGGCGUGACUGAGGUGCCGGGCCUCUGCCAGCCGGAGAUCCAGGCCGGGGAGCCGCUCGGCUACCUCCCGCUGCCCGGCGGGGCGUCCACGGCUCUUUCCGCCGACUCCGUGGCAGCUUUCCCCGAGAGCUCGUGGAAGCCCGUGGACCUGCACGGCAACGAGAUCCUGGGCCACACCGUGCACGGCCAGGUGGUGCACGCGCCCGUCAAGCUGAUGUCCGCGCCGGACGGGAAGAAGUUCGGCUGCCUGUGCGGGAAGCGCUUCGCCGUGAAGCCCAAGCGGGACCGGCACAUCAUGCUGACCUUCAGCCUGAGGCCCUUCGGCUGCUCCGUCUGCCCCAAGAAGUUCAAGCUGAAGCACCACCUGACGGAGCACAUGAAGACCCACGACGGGAACCUGCACACCUGCCAGGACUGCGGACGCAAGUUCCGCGUCCAGAGCUGCUUCUUGAAGCACAAGGAGCUCUGCAAGGGACAGGGCUGGGCCACCGCCUGCUGGACCUACAAGUAGGGGGGAGGGGCUGCUGCUGCCAGAAGCAGAACACCAUCCAAGGGGGGGGGGGGGGGUGGGAUACGGAAGCAGAUUUUCCCAUCCCCCUCCUCUGCCAAUGACCCCCCCCCUUCCACCCCCAAAAGCUCCACGUGGGCUAGGAAUUGCUCGGAUGGAAAUGCUGCUACUCUGUGGGCUGCUCCUGCUGCAGCGGUCAAGAGGCCAAAUCUCUUCUGCAGGGCAGGCCCUCUUGGCAGGAGGAGUGGAGCCGAGUCCUCCUGGGGCCUCAACGUGAAGGGCCUUCUUCUCUUGGGGGGGGGAGUUGGGACCCCUUGAGGGGCUGCUGGUGCUUAGCGAACAGAGCCUGUGCUUGGGGAGGGGCUUCCAGGAACAGCCGGGGGUUGUGCUGGCCAGCCAAACGGCUGGGGGGCUUCAGCGGCUGGGAAGGCCGCCUCCUGGGGUCCCUGGGGCCCACCACCCGACGGGGGAGAGAGAGGAGCGAAGGGGGGCCAGGAGGGGGCCCUCCAGGCAUGGGAUGGAGGACGGGGUGGGGGAGGGGCGGGGUGGGUGUGGGGGGCACCUCAGCCUGGAAGCCAGAAAUAUCCCUGGAAGGUCAGAAGAUAAACAGGUAAUCAGAGUUGGGACGGACCCUGUAGGUCAUCUAGUCCAACUCCCCCCGCCCAAGCGGGAGACCCUACACCAUUUCUGACCGAU